AAAUGAAAUAGACUGGUAGAGUAUUAGUGGUAGUUAAAUAGAUUUGAGGUUAAGUAAAGAAGAAAAAAGAUGGAAGGAAGAAUGGGAAUCGAUAUGAGUGGCAACGGAGAAGAUAAUAAUAAUUCAAAGAAAGGGUUGGAAGGAACUGGCUUAAUUUUACCCAUCAACCAUCAUUCUAAUUUGAAAAGCGCUUCCACAGAUAACGACUUCACUCAAAUCCUCACACACAUCAAAUCCUCCAAAACUCCCGCUGUUAUCAAUUAUGGCGCUUCAUGGUGUCGUGUUUGCAGCCAAAUUCUCCCUGCAUUCUGUAGUCUGAGCAACAAAUUCCCAAAGCUUUCCUUUGUAUAUGCAGAUAUUGAUGAAUGUCCGGAAACAACUCAGCACAUUCGAUACACUCCGACCUUUCAGUUUUUUCGAGACGGUGAAAAGGUAGAUGAGAUGUAUGGUACCGGAGAAGAGAGGCUGCAUGAUCGACUGUGGUUGCACUCCUAAGGAAAUGUUAUGUAAACGUUAUGUUUUCAAUUCUCAAUUGAUGUAACAUUGUCGUUUGCUUAUUAUCAACAAUUCAAUGUAUUUCAGGUUAAAGCUUUAUUAUUGAAUGAAUCCAUUAGAAACUA